AUUGCAAAUCGGGCCUGGCCACAUCUCCAUCUCUCUCCCCCUCACCACUUCUUCCACCACCGGCCGUCGCCGCGGCCAUGCCGGCGUGGCGGCGCGCCAGCAGCUCCACCACGCGCAGCACCACCGCGCCAUAGCACCACCCAUAAUCUCCAUCCAUCUGCGCCUCCCAGCCACCCAUCAUUCCCUCCAUCCACAGCGCCGCCAGAACCCAUCCACCAUCACCUCCAGCCGGUGCCGCCGCCUCGCCUACAGCCAUCUCCCUGCUGUCCGCUGCUCUCCUCUUCUUUCCAUCCUUCUUCUCCUCACCAUGCUGCUGCUCCUCCCUCUCAAUCUCUACUGCUGCUCUUCCUUGCGCCCCCGUGCUGCUGCCUCUCCUUCCCUUCGUUGCUGCUGCUUCUCCUUUGAUCCCUUUGCUACUGCUCCUCUUCUUCGUGCCCAACCUCCGCUGCUGCUCCUCUUUCCUGCUGCAUCCCUGCUGCUGCUACUCCCUCUCACCACGCCUCUGCUGCUCUCUUUCCCCUCCUGCUGCUGCUCUCCUCACCAUGCUGCUUCUCCUUUCUGCUUCUCCUCUUGCUGCUGCUGCCCGCCCCCGACCUCCUGCUGCUAUCUCUCUCUACUUCCCCUGCUACCUUUCUUCUCUGAACCUACCUACUGCUUCUCUCUCUCUCUCUGAAAUUGUUGUAGUACUAAGAUUUGUAAGACAGUGUACUACAACCUGUUAAUUGUUCAGUUCAGAUUUUUGCUUGUUUAGUAUUAUUCUGUUGAUCUGUCCUAAUCUUGUGGCUAGUAUAAUUUCGUUUCUGUUGUUACUUGUGUAACCUGAACCGUGGUUAGUAUCCUAUUUGCAUAUGUGUGUUUUGUGUGUUCUGUAGUCCCUGUAUUAGUUACGUACCUGUGAUAUAUAAAUGUGUGUGUGCGUGUGUGUGUGUGUGUGUGUGUGUGUGUGUGUGUGUGUAAUUCAUCAAAAUAUAUUGUUGUGUGAUGAUGAUAUAUGUUCAGUCUAGAGACACGUUGUUUUUCUUGCUUUGUAGAUCGAUGUGAACUAGUACUCUUGUGUGUUUCUGUUGUCACUAGUUAAAUUGAUCACCUAUGUACUACUUGUUGUAGAAACUUGUUACAUUAGUCCUUGUGCUAGCUAUGCACCUGUGAUAAAUAUGUGUGUGAUGUGAAACAUUUCUGUUCUGUCCUAUAAUAUUGUUUCCUCCCUCUUUUGCUUGUCAUUAUGCUAUAUGUGUUCAUGUCCUAAUGUUUCCCUUUAUGUUAGUUUCUAAUUUCUCAUGCCUAAUAAAAAUACCAAAAGAGAGCAAGUAAGAUCUGAUCCUCCCUUUGCUAUUUUGCCUUUUCUUUGUGGAUCAUCUUCGGGAGCAACCUUGUUUAGUUUAGGUUUAUUUUCUUGCAGCCAUAAUCUCAAUUGUGUUACCUAGAUUUAGCUGAGCAUAGUCGCCGUCGCCUAGUCCCUGAGGGGAACACGACACUCGCGAUUUGGGCGAAAUAUCCCACCGCAUUUACAAACGAUCAUUUUGGCGCCGUUGCCGGGGACUAGCAUCGAGUGACAGUGUUAGGCUAUAGACUAGGUUUUUCUUGUUUUCAUUUUGUGCCAUAUAUUUGUGAUAUAUCUCUAGCCACUAACCCCUGUUCUAGGUAGUAUCUUUUUGUCUUCUUUUCCUUUUUUGCAGGUUGGAUUAUCCUCUCGGAAAUGGCAUUCUAUUCGGAUCAUCAGGCUUAUGCGAGCAACACUACAAACAACAUGAAAAGAAUUCAAGAACUGAUAAGUAAGAUUUCCCAUCGAUUAGAUGAUUUAGCUCGGCAGCGAGAAGUAGUUUUUGUGGAUAGUCCUAGCUCUUAUGAUCCUUAUUCUGGAGGCCAUCCUUAUGUUGCUCCUACUUGCCAUAUUUGUGGAUUUCAGGGCCAUUCGCUCGCUGAAUGUCAGCGUGGUUACUCUCGCCCUCCAGAUUGUUUUGGCAUGAGCUUUGCUCAAGAGCAUAGCUCAUACCAAAACAAUUACUCACAUGGGUGGCCUGAGAACCCGAAUAUGUCAUUUAGGAGCAACAACCCUGAGAUCUUAUCAUUUGCCUCUAGUAAUCCAAUGCAGGGAUUUAGGUAUGAAGAGGAGAGCCACAACUAUGCUCCACAACAGUUUUAUUCACCUCCUACUCAUAUACCGCAGCACCAGGAGAUGUGUCCAAUGGAGUUAAAUGGUCCUCCAUUUGGUCAACCAACAACUUCAGCACCUAAUGAGUCGGUAGAGCAAUCUCAUGUGCAAGUGCCCACACAAGAUGAGUUCGAUGACAUAGACAAACUCACACUUUUGAGUCUCGAGUUCACUUGGAGUGCCGAGGAUGAUCCUAUUAGGAAGGUUAUACUAGAGGAAAUGAAGAGGAUCAAGAGUGGAAAAGAGCUAGUGGAAGAAGUAAGGAAGAUUGAGAAGAGCAUCAAUGCUGGCAGCACUAUUUCUUCACAACUAGAGCUGAGUAUUUCUGGGAUAUCCUUUGAUACAUGUGAGGCUCCAACACCGUCACAUCCAGCUGAGCAAGAUAGAAAAAGUCCAGAGGAAGAGAGACCUUAGAUUGAAGUUGAACUCAAGGAACAAGAUGAUCAAGAGCUACAAUUUCCAAGUGAUCAAGUUGAAGACUCAUCAUCUACUACUCCUAAAGAAGUACAAGAAGCUGUUGUAGAUGAAGAUGAAGAACCUGAGAUUCAUUGGCCUAUUGUCAUACAUGAACCUGAUAUGUCAGGUUUACCCAAUCCUCUUGAUGACAUGCUGCCUUGUGAUUUCUUUGCUUCUAACUUGCAUUGCAUGAUGCCAUCACUUAAGGUAGAUUUGAAAAACUAUUUGCUUGGACAUGAUCAUACACACCCUGUUAGUGGCAUUGCUCAUAUCUCUGUUCAUGAUACUUAUGUUCCUGAUGCUAUACACAUGCUUAAUGAAACGUGUGAUUCUAAUACUAGCAUUGAGCUUACUGAAUUGUACCAUCCUAAACAUGUGCUUUAUAGCUAUGCUUAUGUAAUUGGGUACUCUAUUGAUGAUUUAGAGGGCAUUACCCUUGUCACUUGUAUCGCCUCCUUGGUUGAGUGCUCUUUCAGCUUGUUGCUUGUGCACGAUCCACUACAUGCUGGCCAAGUUCGAGAUGACAUUCCUUGGGACCCCGGUGGACCCAUGGCAUGGGGAUGAGGAGAAGCAAGGAGCACACAUGAAGAGAGAAGCUGUGCCGGCAUGAGGAUAGGGAAGCAAAAGGAGAGGAGUCACAAUGCAAGAGGAUGUGAGAUGAUCGAGCGAGUGCUACAUCAAAGCCCGGUGAGCUGUUUCAUGACCCAUUCCGAGUAUAUCAUCCAUUGAUGCUUGCUGAAUUAAAUUGCUAUUUGGGUUGCUUGUGCCAUUUCUUAAAUGUUGUCCCACAGAUUUUUCACCUUUGACAUAUGGUGCUUGAUGAGAAUAUGUGAACUGAUUGUUGAAUGCCUUGUAAACUAGUGAUCUACAUCCUGUUUGCUUUGCUGAAAGUAGUGAAAGCUAUUAGUUUUGAGUGCUCAAAUCCCUAGUGCAAUAGUAAACUUAAUCAUUUUCUGCUUUUACCUUGAUACACCUAAAUCAUUAAGUGUC